GCCCCAUGACGUCGUUGUGCGGAUAACACGGCAUACCUUGAACUCAACCUUCCCAGCUCAAUCAGAAAGACGCGUCUCCCCAAUUUCCUUCUCUAAAAGCACUGAUUCCAUCAGUAGCGAAAUGUCGUCAACAAGUAUCGAACGUGUGGGCAGCUCGCUGGAGGAACAGCCACUUCUGCGACCCGGGAAGAGAAGACUUCCGUCCUUGAACAUCCAGCAUUGGCAUUCUCAUCCCUUCAGAGGUGAUGCAUGGAGCGCGAGAAGUACGAAACAGAAGACUGUGCAGUUUCUUUCGUCGAAAGCUGGGCAUUACUCUGUUCUUACGCUGGUGUCGCUUGAUGUUCUUAGCAUGAUUGCUGACUUCGUUCUCAAUCUGUUCAAAUGUGAGCAAGGUAGGAAGGGAUCGGAUUGGGACCUGGCCCUGGAGAUACUUGGCUCUGUCAGUCUGGUGUUCUCAUGCCUAUUCGUUGUCGAACUCAUUGCCUCUGUCUGGGCAUUUGGCUGGAAAUACUUUAAUUCUUGGUUCCAUUGUUUCGACGCUUUCAUUGUCAUCGCAGGCUUCAUAACUGACGUCGCACUCCGUGGUAUCAUCGAGGAGGUCGCUUCUCUAAUUGUCGUCAUGCGGCUUUGGCGAGUCGUCAAAAUUAUUGAAGAACUCGGCGUUGGAGCUCAGGAGCGGACUGAAGAAUUGAAUACAAAGCUGGAGAAGUUUGAGAGUGAGAAUGAAGAACUGAGAAACGAGAUCUCACGGCUGAAGGGAGCGAUGAGGAAGGCGGGCUUGGACCAGCAGAACAUUGGAGGCAUUGCUGGCUAAAGACUGAGGCCUCGAGUGUAAGACAGGAUGCGGCCUUGGCAGUCUAUCAGAAAUGUGAAGGGGUUGUGCUACAGACGCUGCGACUCUGCUGUUGAGAUGCUGUUCCAGUGACUAAGCAGGGUUAUCAGGUAUGGCUGCAUUCCGAAAUUGUCUGGGAAAAUGAGACAAUGAGAGAUUCGCUAUAGUGUCCGGAACUAUUUCCCUCUUUUCUCCGAUCCGGAAACAAUAUAUCGUGAAGAGUGGAGCUCCCCCGCCGAAGUGAUCAGCAUGCCCAUUUCAGGCAAUUUUCCCCGCCGGGGUGAAGAUACUCUUUUGGGAACCUUCGACUUGACAGACAGAAGACCGAUUUAAAGACAGACCUGAACC